CAGCAAACUCCGCUGCGCCGGGGCUGCCCUGCCCGACUGCUGGAGCUGCCGCGCAUAAAGAAACUGAGGCACAGAGCCCAAGUCAGACAAAUAGGAAAUGAUGGAGCCAAGAUCUGAACUAGGCAGCCUUGCUCUGGAGUGGUACUCUCAACUAUUCCCCUGUGAAUAUUGAUCGUGUCCUGUGCCGAAGAUGCUGCCAGAACAACAGAAAGAGGAAUUCGUAAGUGUCUGGGUUCGAGAUCCUAGGAUUCAGAAGGAGGACUUCUGGCAUUCUUAUAUCGACUAUGAGAUAUGUAUUCAUACCAAUAGCAUGUGUUUUACAAUGAAAACAUCCUGUGUACGAAGAAGAUACAGAGAAUUUGUGUGGCUGAGGCAGAGACUCCAAAGUAAUGCAUUGCUGGUACAACUGCCAGAACUUCCCUCUAAAAACCUCUUUUUCAACAUGAACAAUCGCCAGCAUGUGGAUCAACGUCGUCAGGGUUUGGAAGAUUUCCUAAAAAACUGUGCAUCCCCGUUCACCGGCUACUUCUCCUGUGUGCUCUCAUAUAGGGUCCUCCACAACGCGCUUCUGCUCUCAGACAGCAGCCUGCACCUCUUCCUGCAAAGCCAUCUGAACUCGGAAGACAUCGAGGCGUGCGUUUCUGGACAGACUAAGUACUCUGUAGAGGAAGCAAUUCACAAGUUUGCCUUGAUGAACAGGCGCUUCCCUGAAGAAGAUGAAGAAGGAGAAAAAGAAAACAAUAUAGAUUAUGGUUCAGAAAGUUCAUCCUCCGGGUUUGGACACAGUAGUGAUGACAGCAGUUCACAUGGGUGUAAAAUGAGCACAGCUCCACAGGAAUCCUGAAAAAGAAUUCUAAUGUGACCAUCUUAGGAACAGCAAAUUCUGUCCAGUCAUAGAGAAGAAAGCUCACUAAUGAUAUAUUCUUACCUAAAGCUCACUGUCAUGCUAUUAGGUAUUUAAAUUCUUCAAGACGUUGGGUUGUUUCUAAGUGCUGUUUUUAUGUUGUCUUAUUUUGGCUAAGCUUCCGUCAAAAGCUAAAAGCCUGUGAUUGCAACUCUCCUUUAUAGGCAAACAUCACUGGUAAAACAGGAUCGUGCCCUCAAAUGAAUUGGUUUAUGUGUUUUAAAAAACCUAGUUGGUUUUAUUGAAUUUGAAAAGAUAGGUAAAUGGGUAGCAUUUAAAAUCCAGAGAGAGGAUUCCUUCUUGUAUCAAUGGGGCAGUGUUAUCGUACACACAGCAUGCGUGAGCUUAACCACUGUGAAGACUGACAGCUUCGACCAGACGGCCUCGUUCAGACAUGUGGCUGAUAUUUUGUGGGUACCUCCCCUGCACUGGGAAAACACUUAGCUUUUGGGUGUUUGAUUGAAAUAGUUUAAGGGUGUUUAACCUUUCCAGUGUUCUGUUUCACACUUAAAUGGGAAAGGUAUCUUAUGAAUACAGACAUGUUAAAAUAAUGUUUACAUCUUAGACAAAACAGAAAUAAUGCUAGUAACUUCGCUUAUAUUUGUAAUAUAUAGAUUCAGAAAUACAGUUUCAUUGUCCAAAAUCAGCUUUAACACACGGUUUCUAGAAACAGAUAAUUUGUGUAAUUAGAAUUACAGGUUAAUGAUUUAUUUCCUGACUAAAUGUGCAAUUUCUUACCACUAGAUAAAUUUGUCAGUGGUGUUUACUUGUUACUUAUCUUUAAGUUAGAAGUAGGAUCUUAUAAAAAUUAAUAAACUUGAUUUUACCAAUAAGUAGCCCCAUGAUUAGAAAAGGAUAUUAACUUGUUAAUUUCAGACUUAAUUAUUCAUUUCUAAAAAGCCCUUUAUUUUUAGGUAUCUACCAGAGAAUUGGUAUGAUUUAAUAUAAUUUAACAAAAUCUUUUUUUUUUCAUGGUCCAAAGAGAAAAUGUCUUAAACUACAUUGAACUUCAAAUUUCAGAUAUGGCAGCAUUUUCUUGAGCUAAUUAUCCAAGUUACUUCCCUGUUGAAUGGUGCAAAAUAUCUCUGAAACUAACAGGAACAUACUUUUACAUAACUGGGAUAACUUGUUGCUUUAAUUAAAUGUUACCUCACCUCAUUUUAACUAGGAGUUUAAAAGUUACUGUAUUAUUAAAAAGUCUUUGAAAUGCUUGUAACUAAGAAGCAAUAGAAAAUAAUUAAAUUUAAAAUAAGAAUGAUUUCCAUAAUUUCUCCUUUCUAUUUUUUUGUUUGGUCUAAAACAUUAUUGAACUUAUGUAAAUAAUUCUGAUUUAAUGUACUGAAUCUUGUUACUUUAUAAUUUAAGACUCAUUAUUUUAAUACAGAAAAAUGAGGUUUAGUAGUUUCUUUUUAUCCUGCCUACAAGUAAUGUUUACCAUCCUGUCAUUUAAGAGCGAUCCCCAGCUCCUUGGUGAUAUGUAUUUGAAUUCACAUUAUUUCUGUUUUUCAGCAGUUUGGAAAAGCAUGUAAUAUAUGCCACCAAGUGUCAUAUUAUUUUUAGAUGAUGUAAACAGCCAUCAACUUAAAAUGGAUAUUAAGUAAUGCCUAAUACUGUGGUAUGUAAACUUCAUGAGAUCACCAUUUUCACAUUAAACAUGAAAAAAAAUCAA